AUGGGUGAGCCUGAUCCAACCCCAUCAGCUGAACCGGCACCGGCACAGGCCUCGGCCUCAACAUCAAGCCUUCCAGUAGUGGGAUCGGACAUUUCUGUAUCCGAGUCUGACACUCACAUUGGGGACAAGUACGAGGUUCCGACCUACGAACCGCAUUCAUCUGUCACGACCUUGAAGGAACGCAUACGACAUCACUACGAGCUCGCCUCGGACUAUUACUAUUCACUCUGGGGCCAACACAUCCAUCACGCCUACUUCCUCUCGCCCACAGACACCAAGGAAACAGGCCAGACCAAUCUGAUCAACCUGCUCCUCGACAUCUCCAGCCUCGCACCCGGCUCCACAGUGCUCGACGUCGGCUGCGGCAUUGGCGGCACAACGCGCCAUUUGGCCGUUGAACACGGAUGCACCGUCACCGGAAUCACGAUCAGCGGACGACAAGUGCAGAUCGCCCAGCGGCUGACUAGAGAAGAAGUGGCCAGACUGGGUACCUCCACCGCCAGCAAUGCAACUCAAGACGAACACACUACUACCAGCACUGACACUGACACCGAUGGCUUCACCCCGAUCGGCCAUCGCGGCGGUAAAGUCAAAUACAUCGAACUCGACGCCGAAAAGAUGGAAUCUGCAUUCCCGCCGUCCAGCUUCGACUGUGUCUGGAUUUCCGAGGCGUUGAGCCAUUUCCCUGAUAAACUGCUGUUCUUCCGUAACGCGGCUCGAGUGUUGCGAGGAGGAGACGACAAGGCUGACACCAGCUCCAAUAAACCAUCCAGCAAACUCGUCAUAGCCGACUGGUUUCGCGCCGAACAGCUAACAGACCAACAAGUCGAGACUGACAUCAAGCCGAUCGAGGAUGGGAUGCUGUUACCCCCGCUGUGCACGCAGGCUGAAUACGUGGCGAUGGCUGAGGCGGCUGGGUUGAAGGCGAUACAUCCUCCGAAAGAUAUCAGUCAAGAGGUUGCUAAGACUUGGGAUAUUUCCUGGACCCUAAUCUCCUCCCCUUCACUAUGGGCAUUCGCCAUCUCUCAAGGCCGCGACGGUCUCGCCUUCUUACAAGCCUUCCGCGCCAUGCGGAGAGGAUAUGCGAACGGGACGUUCCGAUAUGCAGUCAUGGCGUUUGAGAAGAAAUAG